AUGAAGUAUGAGCGUAUGCCCAUCGAGAUCGAGUCUCCUGAAGAGUACGGCUACGACAAAAUCAAGUACAACCUUUCUGAGAGUUCAAUUACCGACCAGAGUCUGGAUUCCCUCAACCUAAGAGUCCCAAACCUCACGCUCUUGUACAAUGAACAUCGAGGAAGCAGUCGUCUCCGGGAGUUGAUUGCCGGCGACUCGGGUUUGGUGAAAGACGACGUGCUGAUAACGUCAGGCGCUGCCGGUGCUCUUUUCAUCAUCUCGACCUCCCAACUGAGCCGAGAUGAUCAUCUUGUUGUCGUUCGCCCGAAUUAUGCUACCAACUUGGAAACACCAAAGGCCAUUGGAUGCGACAUCACCUUCGUGGACCUUAAGUUCGACAACAGCUUCGAUGUGGACGUCGAUUUCGUGGAGAAGUCCAUUCGGAGCAAUACCAAGAUUGUUUCUAUCACUUGCCCACACAAUCCCACAGGGACUGUGAUUUCCCAGGCCACAUUGGACCGUCUUGUUGCUAUCACCAAGGACAAGGGCUGUCUGCUUUUGGUAGAUGAGACAUACAAAGACGUUCAGUACGACAGUGGCCUGCCAUUGGCAGCAUCUCUUGGGGAUCAUGUCUUGAGCGUUGCUUCCUUGUCAAAGUCCUACGGUGUGCCGGGUAUUCGUGUGGGUUGGCUCGCGACACGGAACAAGGAACUGCAAGAAACGUUCUUGGCCGCAAAGGAGCAAAUCAACAUCAGUGGCAGUGUCAUCGAUGAGUGGAUAGCCGAGCAAAUCUUGUCGAAGAAAUCGUCCAUCAUUGCCGCAACGACUGCCGAGAUGAAGCUUCGCCUGGAUAUGGUGAGCGCUUGGGUUGACAAGGAGGACUUGCUGGAAUGGGUGAGACCAGCCGGCGGCGUCGUCUGUUUCCCGCAUAUGAAGAAGGAACCUGUUGGCGGGAUAGCGCAAUUCUACACAAGGUUAUUGAGGGACUAUCAUACGUACGUUGGACCUGGGCAUUGGUUCGAGAUGCCGGACACUUACUUCCGCAUUGGCUUUGGGUGGCCUACGAGAGAGGAACUGAAGGCUGGGUUAGAUGCAAUCUCUCAAGCUCUCAGGGGUUGA